AAGUACCUAACUUGCUUCUUUUUUUCAGAAUACAACACCGAUGAGGCACAAGUCCAAUCACUUCUUGAAUAUCUCGUCAAACGCGAUCAAACUGAUCGAAUUUGCGGUGUCACUACUGAACGAGAAGUUGAGGAGUAGAAUUUUUAUGUACAAGUCCACAGAAGAACUGUACGCCAACAUUGACAAAAAAAUUCUACCUAAAGAAUAUGGAGGGGAAGUCCCAUUACAAGAAAUGCUGGAUAAAUUCAAGGUUCUCCUGAAAGAAAAACGGGAAUCCAUCCUAGCUCUAGACGAUAUGUAUAUAGAAAUAGACGAAAAAACAUGUACGUUAGUGUCCGAGAUGAAUGAAGAACUCGGUAUGGGCAUUGAAGGCACCUUCAAGAAGCUUACUGUAGAUUAGAAUUACUUUUAGAUUGAUUAGUACCUAAAAAAUACAUGACAUUUGGUAUACAUAUAUUUGCUUAAGUAAUUUGCUUGAGUAAUUAAUUAUUGUGAUAAACAUAGUAUAGUUCUCAAACUUGUAUAUUUUAUAAGUAAAUGCUUUCACAACAGCUUUACAUAUUAGUAGUUUCUUAUAUGUGUGUUUGAUUUAUUUGUUGUCUGUCUCGAACUCUUCUUUUCGGAAUGUUACCUUCUCUGUUUCCUUUUUUCAAUUCUGAAGUCAUAAAAUGGAGGUGUAGUUUUGAGAUAUUUUUGUUAAAACUAUCAUUAUUAUUGUGUGUUCAUAACUAUUCUAUUCUUUUACUCAGAUAUUCUGUGAUUUACAAAUUAUUUCUUGAGUUUUAUUUUCAGUCUGAUUUAAUUUUGAAUUCUUCUCCUUUUAUAAGUUUCAACUUUUGUGAAUAUGAUUUCAUUUUCGAACAUUCUUUGUAUUUUCUUUAUUUUGUUUGUAACCAAAAAACUGAUUAAUUUUCUUGUGCGCCUCGUACACGAUAAUUGUUUUCUGUCGAAUAUAGUCGAGAGAUCCAUGUAUAUUAUAAUUUUUUUCGACCAUGGUGGAAUAUUGUUACCUUAUUUUUAUAGUCUAGAAUUUGCAUUGUUAUUAUCAACCUACUUAUAGAUAAGAACUUGGAAUAAAUUGGAACACUUGUUAUUGUUACUAGCUUAUCGCAUUGCGUGGUUAUAUGGUGAUUUGAAUAUCAUUGCCACAUUCAUUCUGAUAUUUUUAUGGAGUUAUCACCCACUCUUACGUGAAGCAAAGUCCCAUAAUUUGAAGUAGUUCAUUUCAAGUUUAAUGUUAAGAUGUCCUCUGAUUGUAUUUUUGUUAAUAAAAAGAUUUAUAAAUCGAGAA